CGGGGAAGCUGGGGUGAAUUUGAAUCCCGGCGAGCGGACAGUUGCAGAGGCGUUUGGUGGCCGCGGCGGAUCCGGCUGUCAGAAUGUCUUUUCCUAAGGCUCCCCUGAAAAGAUUCAAUGACCCUUCGGGUUGUGCUCCAUCCCCAGGUGCCUAUGAUGUUAAAACUGCAGAAGUAUCUAAAGGACCAGUGUCUUUUCAGAAAUCACAAAGAUUUAAAAACCAAAAAGAAUCUCAACAAAAUCUUAAUGUUGACAAAGAUACUACCUUGCUUGCUUCAUCUAAGAAAGGAAAGACAUUGGUUUCAAAGAAGGAGCCUCAGAAAAAUGAUAAAGAUUUGAAGAGAUUAGAGAAAGAGAUCCGUGUUCUUUUGCAGGAGCGAGGUGCUCAGGACAAACGGAUCCAGGAUAUGGAAUCUGAGUUGGAGAAGACAGAAGCAAAGCUAAAUGUAGCACUCAGAGAGAAAACAUCUCUUUCUGCAAAUAAUGCUUCGCUGGAAAAAAGGCUUAUUGAGCUAACCAGGGCCAACGAGCUACUCAAAUCUAAGUUUUCUGAAGAUGCUCACCAAAAGAGUAUGAGAGCUCUAAGCCUGGAGUUGAUGAAACUUAGAAAUAAAAGAGAAACAAAGAUGAGGAGUAUGAUGGCUAAACAUGAAGGCAUGGAGCUGAAGCUGCAGGCCACUCAGAGGGACCUUGUGGAGUCUCAGGGGAAAAUAGUCCAACUGGAGGGAAAACUUGUUUCCAUAGAGAAAGAACAGAUUGAUGAAAAAUCUGAAACAGAGAAACUCUUAGAAUACAUCGAAGAAAUUAGUUGUGCAUCUGAUCAAGUGGAAAAAUAUAAACUUGAUAUUGCCCAGUUAGAAGAAGAUCUGAAAGAGAAGGAUCGUGAGAUUUUAAGUCUUCAGAGGUCUCUCGAGGAAACCCUCACAUUUUCUAAGCAAAUAGAAGACCUGACUGUUAAAUGCCAGCUGCUUGAAACGGAAAGAGACGAUCUUGUCAACAAGGACAGAGAAAGGGCUGAAAGUCUCAGUGCUGAGAUACAGAUUGUAACAGAGAAGCUUGUUCUGGAAAAACAAGAAUAUGAAAAGCUGCAACAAAAAGAAUUGCAAAUAGAGUCACUUCUACAGCAAGAGAAGGAAUUGUCUGCUAGUCUUCAGCAGCAUCUCUGCUCAUUUCAAGAGGAAAUGACUUCAGAGAAGAAUGUCAUUAGAGAAGAGCUAAAACUUGCCCUGGAGGAGUUGGAUGCAGUCCAGCAGAAGGAGGAACAGAGUGAAAGACUGGUCAGACAGCUGGAAGAGGAGACAAAGUCGACUGCCGAACAACUGAGCCGGCUAGAGGAGCUGCUGAGAGAGAAAGAAGUUGAGCUUGAGAAAAGUAAUGCUGCUCACAUCCAUGCAACCAUGACUUUACAAGAGAGGUAUAAUGAUACAGUGCAAGAUCUUAAAGACAUUACUGCUCAGUUGGAAAGCUAUAAAACAUCGACCCUUAAAGAAAUGGAAGAGCUGAAGCUGGAGAACGUGGCUCUACAGGAAAGAGUAGCCAUGGCUGAGAAGAAUGUGGAAGAGGUUCAGCAUCAGAUAUUGACAGCUGAGAACACAAAUCAAGAAUACGCAAGGAUGCUUCUAGAUCUGCAGAACAGAUCAACAUUGAAAGAAGCAGAAAUUAAAGAAAUCACAGUUUCAUCUCUUAAGAAAAUAACUGAUUUGCAAAAUCAACUCAGACAACAGGAUGAAGACUUUAAGAAACAACUCGAAGAGGAAGAGACAAGAAAAGCAGAGAAAGAAGAUGCAGUGGCAGAGUUAACUGUGGAAAGUAAUAAAUGGCGGCUCCUUUAUGAAGAACUUUAUAACAAGACUAAACCUUUUCAGGAACAACUGGAUGCCUUUGAAGCAGAGAGGCAGGCAUUGUUGAAUGAACGUGGUGCAACUCAGGAACAGCUAAAUAAAAUCAGAGAUUCCUAUGCAGAGCUCCUGGGUCACCAGAAUCUAAAGCAAAAAAUCAAGCAUGUUGUGAAAUUGAAAGACGAAAAUAGCCAACUCAAAUCGGAGGUGUCAAAACUCCGAUCUCAGCUUUUUAAAAGGAAACAAAAUGAACUCAGACUUCAGGGAGAGUUGAAUAAAGCUUUGGGCAUCAAACACUUUGACCCUGCCAAGGCUUUUCACCAUGAAUGUAAAGAGAAUUUUGUCCUCAAGACCCCAUUAAAAGAAGGCGACACAAACUGCUGCUGAAUUCUGAUGCAACAUCAAGGAUCAUGGAAGUAUACAUUUGAAAUACCUGUUGAAGAUUAUUCUCUUCAUUAUUCCUGAUACUAUGUUUAUAGUAUAUAUUAUAUAAUAUAUUGUUUCUAUUGCCCAUUCUUAGAUAUAUGGAAAGACAUUCAGCAUUUGUUAUGAAGAUGUCUUUUGACAUUUUAUUUUCUAUUAUGUAUCAAUUUAAUCUUUUAAUCUUUUUUAAUUUUUCUCAUCUCAUUCUGAAUCAUCUUACUUGCUUUGCAGCUUACAUCAAAUCAACAUUUUGUUAAGAUCAGUAUUAAAGAUUUCCCCUCUAUUCUGUAUUCCCCCAGUGUUUUUAACUCGAUUUUAGAGUUCUUUCUAUUGUGAUGCAGAGUGGAAAGACUGAAGCACUUUGACUUGCUCUUGCCUCUGCUUGAUUUACUUAUCAUGCUCACUCUGGUCUCCCUGUCAUCAGUCUCUUCUCACUUCAGACAGAAUAAAGGCACCUUAACUCCACAGUAACCUCUUUUUUUUAUCAAAGUCACUGAGUUAUUUAAUCAUUCCCAGAUUCUUUGGCUCUAUCCUAGUUCUAAACUAAAGCAUGUAGCUCGGCCUACAUACCUACAUUUUAAAAAAAUUAGCCUGCUAAGUUUUAGAUAUACCGAAUUUUUUUUCCCCUUUGUCUGAGACAGGAUUUUUCUGUGUUUCUCUGGCUGUCUUAGAACUAACUCCCUAUGUAGACUAGACUGACCUAGAACUCAGAGAUCCACCUGCCUCUGCCUCUCAAUUGCUAGGACUAAAGGCAAGCACCACCAUGCCCAGGCUCAAGGAAAUCUGAAAAACUGUACAUAUUAGAUUUUUAGAGAAUUUGUCACCUGCAUAUUCUCUGAAUAUAUAGACACUCGUAACACCCAAACAGUAAUUCAGUUUUCAUGUAAUAAAGCUCUGUUCAAGAUGUAUUUGUGUCUACCUCCCGUCCUAAUUUGUCUCAGAAUCAUAGAUGAUACCUUUUAUUUAUUUCUUUUAAAGUUUUAUUUAUGCCAGGGUGACACACACCUUUAAUCAUAGCACUCUGGAGGUAGAGGCAGACAAUGAGUUUAAGGCUAGCUUGGUCUGUAUAGCUAGUCCCAGUCUAGCCUGUUAUAGUAUUUAGGCAUCUGUACUGACCUGCCUUUGGGGUCCAAACAGGUUACAUCCUCAGCUGUAGCCACUAUCUCUCUCUCUCUCUCUCUCUCUCUCUCUCUCUCUCUCUCUCUCGCUCUCUCGCUCUCUCGCUCUCUCGCUCUCUCUCGCUCUCUUUGUUUCUCUGCCUGUCUGUCUCCCCACCCCUCUCUCUGCCUCUCUCUUCUCUUCCGCUGCCCCUGUCCCCAGAAGCUGGUUUCCCCCUUCCUUUCCCCUCCUUUACCAUUCUCUUUCCCCUAGUGAAAAACCACCCUGCCAGGCAGUGGUGGUACACGCCUUUAAUCCCAGUACUCGGGAAGCAGAGGCAGGCAGAUCUCUGUGAGUUGAGGCCAGCCUGGGCUACAAGAGCUAGUUCCAGGACAGGCUCCAAAGCUACAGAGAAACCCAGUCUCAAAAAACAAAAAUAAAUAAAAAUAAUAAAAACA